AUGAGAAUAGCUUUAUGGCAACGGACGAGAGGAGCUCAACAUACUGUGUAUCGUAUGAAUCAGCAAACUUCAAAUGAAAUUGAUGCGUCUCAUAUUGCUGAUUGUUUAUAUUACUUCGUUCCCCAUGACAAUAUUGAAUCGAAGUCGCAAGAUUCACAAUUACAUCAUCGUGAGUUGAUUCCAUACUGUAUUCCAGUUGAUGACGAAUUAGCCACAUAUAUUCCAAAAUUCACUCAAGGUCGACCAAUAACAUUCGAUGAUUUACGUCGAAAGAAUGUUACUAGUGAAUUAUUGUAUUCCUGGUCUACAUCAGUUGAUCUUGUAGAAGAUUAUGAAAUCUAUUUAAAAAAUGGCACAAUUAUUAAAGAUUCAUCCGCAACGACUUUCUAUAAUUGUUCUCCAAGUUGGUUUGGACAACGGUGCCAAUACACAUUCAAUGAAUAUCUUUCAUUCGUACAGCCUACUUUUACAUAUGUAGUAACCCAAGUCUUUGAUAUUAAAUUGAAAAGCUAUACGAUUAAUACUGACAAUACUCCUCACAAACAUACCAUUUAUUCAUGUUAUACCCAUAUAAAGUGCAGAAAUAAUAUACCAUCUAUAUGUAUUGAUUGGCGUGAGAUAUGUGAUGGUAAGGUUGAUUGUUUAGAUGAUGGACAAGAUGAAAUGUUUUGUGCGGAACUCGAGAUGAACGAAUGUUCUGAAGAUGAAUAUCGUUGUCAUAAUGGUGCUCAAUGUAUUCCGAAAGAGAUGUUUAAUGAUGAUAGAUUCAAUCCUGAAUGUCUCGAUGGUUCGGAUGAACCUAAAUUUUCAUUAAAUAAUAGAUGUGUUGGAGAUCCAUCUUUUCGUUGUGAGGAACGAUCAUGCAUCAAUUCUUUAUAUUUUUCAUGUGGUGAUGGUGAAUGUGAUUCAACACCUUUUCUUUUUAUUAGAGAAUUUAUUGAUGAAAGCAACUCAUGUCGAAAUGGACGUCAUCGUUUUGUGUAUGAUAUUAUUUUGUCUCAAAACAAAAAUAGGCAUGUAAAUCGUGAUUGUUGGAAAGCUAUGUUUGAACUUUUUAGUUAUCAUGGUGAAUACGUUGAUAUUCAUUCGAGCCAUCCAUGUUCUAUUGAUCAAUUAACUGAAAAAUGUUUAAGAAUUAUCCAGAGUAGUUGCCAGUCAACACCACAAUUUGUCUUUCCAAGAUCUUCGGCGGCAUUUUUACGUGAGAUUGAUUUAGUCUACGAUAUUCAUUUAAUUUCGAGUGAUAGAAACUCUGACUUGCGACCGAAUUACAUAUGUUUCGCUAAUCAACGAUGCUCCGAAUAUUUCCAUCAAACUACACAAAUAGCUAAUAAAACUGGAUGUUUACGUUUACCAUAUUCAUUUGGAACUGAUAGUGAUAUCGAUCUGAUGACAGAUGAAUGGUAUUAUAAUCUAAUAGAUUUAGUUCGAAUGUGUAUUCCAGUUGAUAAAACUGCACUCAAUAUGACCCAUUGUCGAGCAGAUAAUCUUAUACAUUGUCAGUUCAGUCAACAUUGUAUAUCAAAACAUCGUUUAAUGGAUACUUUUAAUGAUUGUUAUCUUAAUGCGGAUGAAGAAGAGUUACUUGAACAAACGAGUUGUUCAUUAAAUGACAAUUAUCGUUAUAAAUGUUCAAUCAAAAACUAUAAUGGAGUUGAAACAGUAUGUCUAUCAUCAAUAUUGAAUGAAUAUGAUAGAGAAGAAAUUUGCCUGGAUGAUAAAGAUGUGUCGGAUCGAAUUAGAGAAGAUAGCAUCCAAACACCACCAUUCAGUUUUCUAUGUGAUGGGUUUGUUGAUAUGGAUAAAAUUGACAAUGAAACAGAUGAGACUCAUUGCGAAGAUUGGUCAUGUGAUAAUGUUUACACACGAUGUGAUGGAAUAUGGCAUUGUCUGAAUGGACUUGAUGAAGCUAAUUGUAAUGAUUUACUUUGUCCAUCGUAUACUUUUCCAUGUCUUUUGCCAUCGAAUAAUACACUGAUAUGUUUACCACUAUCUAGAAUGAAUGAUAAUAUAACUGAUUGUAGAGGUGCGACAGAUGAACGUCUAUUUUGUCGUCAUCAUUAUCCGAAUCGAAAAACACAUCGUUACAGAUGUUGGAAUGACAGUACAUGUGUCGAUACGAAUCGUCUAUGCGAAAAAGAUCCUAAGUUUUGGCAAUAUCCAUCCGAGUAUAAUGAUUGUACAGUACACGGUGAUGAUGAGAUUUUUUGUCCGUCGCAUUAUGCUAAUGUUGGUAUUUGUGAUCCAGAAUUUAAUGGUGAUUUAACAAUUAAAGAUAAAAUUCUUUGUGCUUUAGCCGAAAAGUAUUCACGUGGAGAAGAUCGAAUUGUCCGAGAUGAACUUCACCUUUCAUUGAACUCUGCUGAUUAUUAUCCAGAUACUUUAUCUAGAAAAACAGAAACUGUAAAUGAUACAAAUAAUAACUUUUUACUCGAAUCAAGAUCACUAGAUAUAUCAUCAUGGUCUAAUAUUGAUUCUAAAACUGCAUGGUAUUGUUAUCGAGGCAUAUAUGUAAUGGUAACUUCUAGACAAUAUUUAAAGUGUCUUUGUCCACCGAGUUAUUAUGGUCCUCGAUGUGAAAAUCAAAAUCAACGUGUAAGUAUGACAUUAAUAUUUCGUAAGGAAUCAUUAUCAAAUAUAUGGCGCACCAUUGUAUUUAAUUUUUUUAUUAUGUUAAUCGACGAAGAACACACAAUUAUUUCCUAUGAACAAAUUCUUUAUUCUUCAACACGAGACUGUAAUUCAAAAUUCGAUAUCAAUUUACUAUAUGUAGAUCAGCCAAAAAGUCAAUCAAAAAACUAUAGUAUACAUAUCGAUGCGUUCAUUAAAAACAAUCUUACUUAUUAUGCCAGUUGGUAUCUACAUAUACUAUUCCCGUUUUUACCAGUAAAUCGUAUUGCUUCAGUUCUCACUAUUCCAAUAAGAGCACAAGAACCACAGAAUGAUUGUAAUGAGAAUAUUUGUAAAUCACACGGCCGAUGUAUUCGUUAUGUUUCUUCAUCAAAUUUCUUUUGUCAAUGCGAUUUAGGUUGGAAAGGACAAUUUUGUCAAAUUAAACGACAUAAUGAAGAUAAAUGUCAUUGUUCACCGAAUUCAUUAUGUAUUGAAUCUGGUCUCUGUCUGUGUCCCUUAAAUCAAUUUGGAAAUCGAUGUUAUCUGACGAGAUCGGCAUGUAAUAUAGACACAUGUUCAAAUCGAGGACUUUGUGUGCCCCAUGAUGAACGCAUAUCUGAAUCAAAUUUUACUUGUAUUUGUAACGAUGGCUAUUGGGGUAAACAAUGUGAAUAUGUGUCAACACAGGUCGAUAUUUACUUUGAUAAUAUACCUAUUCCACAAGCAAUGCAUAUACAUCUAAUAAAGGCAUAUAAGAAUAAUGAAGCAGUACAUGAACGAACGACUACAUUUACAAAAAUUCCUAUUGGUCAAGACUUUUCAUCAUUAAAGAUUUUAUCAUUAUUCAACAUUCUCCUUGUAGAAUUUCAUAAAUUGUAUUAUUUAGCUAUUUUACAGGAAGCGCUUAUAUCACGAAAAUAUAUAUCUACUCAAGUAAAUCCAUCUCGGCAAUGUUUAUCUAUUUAUAGCUUAUUAAAUUCAACGCAAUCCGCUUUACCUAUUCUUCAUCGAGUCAAGUAUUAUCAUCGCAUUUGUCGAACUUAUCGAAAUCUUGCCUGUUUUCACGAUGAUAUUUACAUGUGUUUGUGUAAUUAUGAACGACAAGCUAAUUGCUUUUUAUUCGAUCAUAAUAUGACAUACGAUUGUCAAAGUGCAACUUACUGCAAAAAUAAUGCACAAUGUUACCAAGAUCAUCCGAAAUGUCCAACAAAAUUCUUAUGUGUUUGUUCUGAAUGUUUCUAUGGUUCCCGGUGUCAAUUUUCGACAGAAGGUGCCUCAUUUUCACUCGAUUUGAUAUUGACUUAUCAGAUACGACCGAAUACUUCUCUUACAAAUCAAAAUUCAAUAGUCACAGUUGGCGUAUUCAUGGCAAUCAUCAUAUUAAGCUUAGGCUUUAUUAAUAGUUUAUUUUCCACAAUCACUUUUCGAUUUAAACAAUCUCAACAAGUCGGAUGUGGCAUUUAUUUAAUAACAGCAUCAUUGGUAUCAUUUAUUCCGAUAGUCAUGCUUGCAUUAAAACUUUGCUUUAUUUUUCUGGUACGAACAUAUUCGACGACCGAUCCAAUAUAUUUUUCUAUUGGUUGUAUACUUAUUGAUUUUAUUCUGCAAAUAACGUUAAAUAUGGAAAAUUGGUUAACUGCUUGUGUAGCUAUAGAACGAGCAAUUAACGCAUGCAAAGCAGCCAAUUUUAAUAAAAUGAAAAGUAGAUUCAUUGCUAAACGACUCGUUCCUUUCCUUAUUCUCAUUACGAUAUUAACAGAACUACAUGAUCCAUUUCAUCGUCGAUUAAUUGACGAUGAAGAUCUAUUUGAUCGAAGAACCCUUUGUAUUGUCAUAUAUACUUCAGUAAUGAAACAAUUCAAUCGUACACUUAAUAUUAUCCAUUUUAUUAUACCAUUCAUUAUAAACAUCAUAUCUGCAAUAACGAUUAUCAUUGUUACCACUCGACACCGUGCAUCGACCCAUAAACAGCUCGCUUUUAAGAAACAUUUACAAAAACGUAUAAAGGAGCAUAAACAUCUGGUCAUUUCAUCCAUUAUUCUUAUUCUUUUAACAAUACCCCGUGUGGUCUUUAUGUUUCUUUCGGGAUGUAUGAAGUCCAUUCGUGAUCCAUGGUAUUUUCUUGCUGGUUACUUUGCUUCGUUUUUGCCUUCAAUUUCUACAUUCGUCACUUUUGUAGUACCUUCGAAAGUAUACAGAGAAACUUUUUUCGGAGCAAUGCGACUGAUUUUCUGCCGCAAAUAAUAUAAAGGGUGUCCCAUAAGUUAUGGGCCUCGAUAAAAAUUAUUUUCUAUAUAAACAAAGAGUCACCAAUACCUAACUAUAUUUAUAUAAGCUUCGAGCCUAGAAGACACUCUUUAGAAUGGCUUAUUAUCAGUAGGGGUGGGAAGUUACCGUUCCCAGACCGUUACCCGGGAACGGUAACGGUAACGGUUUCUAUGGAAGGAAUUACCAGUUACCUGAGUAACUGGUAACGGGACCGUUACCAGUUACUUUUUCUUGGUAACUUUUCAAAAAGACUAAAUAUCACUUCUAUGAGACUGAAUAUUGACAAUACACCAGUAAACAAAAUUUGUAGUAACCAGUUACCUGGGAACGGGUAACGGUAACUUCCCACCCCUAAUUAUGAGAUGACAUUUCGUCAGCUCACAAUGGUAGCAUAAGCAUGAGAGUAUUGAUGAUCAAAAACCUUCGAAUCGACCAGUGUGUUUUGAAACAUUUUAGUGGACUAUAAACUGAUCGUAUGCUUAGAGAAAACGAUAUUCCGAAUCGAGAACGAAAUAUUUUCUUUCGUUCUGUUGUCAAAUGUUCAUGAUUCGUGCAGCUGGGGUGUAAGUCAGGUAAAAAUACGGGUAGUGCUUCAUAAUAUUGAUCAGAAAAGUGGCUGAAAUACUUUGUAUCACUUUCUAUGAUUGUUUCUCUACACAUAC